UGUAUGGGACGGAUCGGGGAGUGACAGGACUAAAACUAUUUUGGUACAGUUAUUCUAGAGGUUCCAUCCAGGACUAGAGAGGAGAAGGGACUAGUGCAGGGAACCAGUUAGGAACGCUUGGUAGUGGUAGUAGUCCUGAGGCAAGCUGUUGUGGACCUGAAUGAUGAUGGUGUCGGUGGUGGGUAAGGAUACAAAUGACAUUGCAAAAGAAGAUUCAGAAGGAUCUGGUGACUAACUAGAUUUGGGAGGAAAGAUAGCUAGAUAAGAGUUUGAAUUUGGGGCACCUGGGAGAAUAAUAGAACAUCUGCUAGAAAUGUAAGGACAGGGAGAGGAGCUCAUGUGGGGAAUUGCAUAGGGGGAGGUGGUUUUAAGAUGCCAACAAAAUGUCUAAUUGAAAAUUCUUAGUCAUUUGGAAAUGCAGGAUGAGUUUGGAAGAGGGGUUGGGACUAGACCCCGGAAGCAUUUCUGUAGAGGUGGAAAUGGAGCACCAGGUGUGCAUGGACUUUCUGCGGGAUAGAGGGAAGAACGCUGUACGCAAUCUGAGCCUUGGGCAGCAUCAGAAACUUGUCAAAACAGUCAAAAAGCUGCAGAGAAAUAAGGAGAAAAGGACUAUCGGAAUUAGAGCUCAGAAAUGCAUUGGCAGUUUUCAAGCAUACGGUUUCAGGUGUGUGAGGGGUGGCAGGAGCAGAAAAAUGGCUUUGAGAAGAGUAGGUGGUGAUGAUGUGGCAUCAGUAGGUAUGUAGAAGAAGUUUGAUCAUGAAAGGAAAAUCUAAAUCAGAACUGUUUUGCCAGAGGGAGGCCAUGGGAUUCAGUGAAGAUAAUUUCACAUCGAGGAGGAUUAUAUCUGUUUGCAGAUAUGUGAAGAAGCUCCUGAAGCGAUGGGAGAUGCUGGAGAAAGGAAGAGUGGGUCAUGCAGGAAGCAGAUUCUGAGAGGAAACAAUGGUGGAAAAGAAAGUAGGACACAGAUGUAGGAGGCUAAGGGUAUUGAGAAUGAAGGUGAGUACCUAACUCACUGGUGUGUGGAGAUUUCUUGCUUCAUGGGUCACAAAACUACAAAACAAGACUGCUCUUCUACCCUCUUUCUCAUCCCACACCUCUGCCUCAUUAGGACUCGGCUCUUCUCUGCAAGGAGAGCAUUCGGGAGGGAAUGGCUGCUGUGUCUCCGACUACCAGAUUCCAGGACCCAGUGACAUUCGAGGAUGUGGCGGUGGUUUUCACAGAUGAAGAGUGGAGGUGUCUGGUCCCUACUCAGAGGGAUCUCUACAAGGAGGUGAUGCUGGAGAACUAUAAGAGCAUUGUCUCGUUGGGACUUCCAGUUCCUGGACCUGAUGUGAUUUUUCAGUUGAAGAGAGGGGAUGAGCCUUGGAUAGUGGAGCUUCAUGGAUCUGAGGGGAAAGAAUGUGCAGACAAUGUCUCUCAAGACUGGGAGACUAAGCCUGAGAUCCAAGGUGCUUCAGAAAGAACAUUGAGGGAAAAGCUUGGAAUGAAAGGUCCUUCAUCUCCUAAAUUUGAAGUUCAUGCAGUGGAUGGUGGGUUGGGAACAGAGAAGGAAAGCCCUGCAGUGGAGGCCUGCAAGAAAUCCCUUUCUCAGGAGGAAAGGUUGCAGCAUGGGGCAACCCCUCCCAAGAAAAUUCUCACUAAAGAGAGAGACCAGGAAUGCAGUGACUGUGGGAAGACCUUUUUUGACCACUCCUCCCUUAUUCGCCAUCAGAGGACUCACACUGGAGAGAAGCCCUAUGACUGUCCUGAGUGCGGGAAAGCCUUCAGUCACAGGAGUAGUCUCAGUAGACAUCUGAUGUCGCACACUGGGGAGAGCCCCUACGAGUGCAAUGCCUGUGGGAAAGCCUUUUUCGACCGUUCAUCCCUAACUGUACAUCAGCGAAUUCACACUGGAGAGAAGCCCUUUAAAUGCAAUGAGUGUGGAAAAGCCUUCUUUGACCGCUCGUCCCUUACUCGACACCAGAGAAUUCAUACUGGAGAAAGUCCUUAUGAAUGUAAUCAGUGUGGGAAAGCCUUUAGCCAGAAAAGUAUUCUUACUCGACAUCAGCUAAUCCAUACGGGCAGGAAGCCGUAUGAAUGUAACGAGUGUGGGAAAGCCUUCUACGGUGUCUCAUCACUGAAUAGACAUCAGAAAGCCCACGCUGGAGAGCCUCGCUAUCAGUGCAGCGAGUGCGGGAAAGCUUUCUUUGACCGCUCCUCCCUUACUCAACAUCAGAAGAUUCACACCGGAGACAAGCCAUAUGAAUGCAACGAAUGUGGAAAAGCCUUUAGCCAGAGGUGCCGGCUUAUGCGACACCAGAGGGUUCAUACAGGAGAGAAGCCCUUUGAAUGCAGCGUGUGUGGGAAGGUUUUCAGUUCCAAAUCAUCAGUUAUUCAACAUCAAAGGCGUUAUGCCAAACAGGGAAUAGACUGAGUUGAGCAAAAGCUUUAGUUAAAGGACCUCCAUGCAAACUCAAGAUAGGUCUUCCCCAACUUAAAUCCAUCUCCCGGUCAUUGCACCUAUUCUGGCUACUACUCUCCUUACCUGCCUCUGUUACCACAGUGUUUGAAGGAACAUUCUCUACCCACUGUGUUAUAGAGCUGAUGUGGGAUGCCAGAAAUUAGGAUGUGACUCUUUAGAGUCAGCAUUUUGCAGAGGUUUGUCAGACGAUAGGGACAAACGUUAGGAGGCCGUCCUCAGACACACCUCUCGUCCUAGGCCCCAGGUAUCACUACACUUUAAAUAACUGGAGGCCACAGCAGGAGGGGAAGGCACACUAAUGUCAGAGCAAUACGGUUGUUUCCAGAACAGUUCUUUAUAGCCGUUAGUCCCUCUCUCGGAGACUUUUUGGGCACUGACCUUGUUCUGUUGUGUCCCAGUUUCUAGAUCUCUUAAUACUACUACUAGUAGCUAGCACUUAUUGAGCGCUUAUUAUGGGGCAAGCACUCAGCUGAGAGUUUUGCAAGGAGUAGAUUAUUUGCGCCUCUCACGAACCCUCUGAAGUAGGUACUUUUACUACCCACAUAUUACAGAUGAGCAAACUGAAGUUUAGAGGAGUUAAAUAACUUGCCCAAUGUGACAGCUAGUAAAAGGUGAAGCCAGGUCUUGAAUACAGGUCUCCCUUCAAAGUCUGUUCUCUUUACCAUAAUGCUAUAAGGUUUGUUUUAUAAUUUAUGUACAUGUAUUAUUUCCUCAACCAGGUUGUAAGCACUCGGAGUUGUGACUUACAUGUCUUUGUAUCUCACACAGUGCCUUGCAAAUAAUAGGUGCUCAAUAAAUAGUUAUCUGAAUUAAUGACUCUUUGACUUACCAAGUUCUAUUUAAAACACCUCUUAGAUUCACAUCCUUUCUCUGAAUUUCACAGUCUAGCCUGUACCUUUAUCAUCUCAGGCUCCCAUUACUGCAGUAGACACUCCUUGAUUCGAAUUCUUUCCUCCUCAUUAUUGAGGAGGGAGAUGUUAAGCUAUGGGGCAAUAAGUGAACCCAAAAUAAAGAUUCAUUUCUCACAUAAACUCAGAUAUGAGUCUGUCUUCCUUCCUCCUCAUCAUUUAGAACAUGUUGCCUCCAAGGUCAUCAUGGAAGAGAAAGCUGGGGGGUAUGCUGGGAUAUUUUUCAGGGCCAUCACUUCUGUUUAUAUCUCAUAAACCAGAACCCAGCACCAAGAUACUAGGAAAGUCAACAGGCACCUCAGCAUUUGGUUAAUAUAAACAGCCUCUGUCACAAGUUACAUUUUUCAUAUUACUGUUAGGCCGGUCUUUCCAAAUGAUCCCUUCCUGCCCAUCAUUGCCCUACUCAAGACCUAAAAUAGCUCCCUGUUUAAUGAAAACGUCUCUGAAUAUUUAAGGUCUGCCAUGAGGUGAUCCCACAUUGCUAAACUUGAAAUCUCGACUCCCAAAACCCUGCUAGUCCCUGGACCCAGUCCUAUAUUUUUAUUUUAUUGACAGUCAGGCACCAGGCAGCUUUGACUCUAGGCUUUGCAUUCCCUUUCUAUUUGCUUAAGGUGAAGCCCAGAAGAGGACUUGAUUCUGAAAGGCUGUCUGGAACUUACCUCGCCAUGCAUGAAUCCCAGUGGACCAACAUGCAUUUCUCCCUGGGAGUAAAAGUCUGAUUCAAGAAGCUGGAAUUCCAAACAGACCCUUCCCUAGCCUACCCACAACCCUAUUGAUCCACCUUUCUUAAAGCAGAUAAGCGGCAGGAAGACUUUUCACAUGUGGACUCUCAAAGUAACUUGAGGAAAAACAGUGCAGAAUCUACUGAAGUGGAUAAUAUCAUUAUUUA